AACAGAAACUCUCCUAAUUGCGUGACCUCGACCCGGGUUAGGACCCUGUGCCGAGCCUCGGUUCCCCCGUCAUGUGAAACGAAGGUGAAAGAACUCUUUUCUUCUUUGGGAGUCGAAUGUAACGUCUUGGAACUUGAUCAAGUUGAUGAUGGGGCCAAGAUUCAAGAAGUGCUGUCAGAAAUCACUAAUCAGAAAACCGUGCCCAAUAUUUUCGUGAAUAAAGUGCAUGUAGGUGGAUGUGACCAAACUUUCCAGGCAUAUCAGAGUGGUUUGUUACAGAAGCUCCUUCAGGAAGGUUCGGCAUAUGAUUAUGAUCUCAUCAUCAUCGGUGGUGGUUCUGGAGGCCUUUCAUGUGCGAAGGAAGCUGCCAUUUUGGGAAAGAAAGUUAUGGUGCUAGACUUUGUUGUCCCGUCACCUCAGGGCACAUCCUGGGGUCUUGGUGGCACUUGUGUAAAUGUAGGUUGUAUUCCUAAGAAAUUGAUGCAUCAGGCUGCCCUUUUGGGGCAGGCAUUAUGUGACUCAAGGAAAUUUGGCUGGGAGUAUGAUCAACAAGUGAGGCACAACUGGGAGACGAUGACAAAAGCGAUUCAGAACCACAUCAGCUCUCUAAACUGGGGCUACAGGUUGUCUCUGAGGGAAAAGGCUGUGGCCUAUGUCAAUUCCUAUGGAGAAUUUGUUGAACAUCAUAAAAUAAAGGCAACCAAUAAAAAAGGACAGGAGACUUAUUAUACUGCUGCACAGUUUGUCAUAGCAACGGGUGAAAGGCCACGGUAUUUAGGAAUCCAAGGAGAUAAAGAAUACUGUAUUACUAGUGAUGACCUUUUUUCUCUGCGUUAUUGCCCUGGCAAAACAUUAGUGGUGGGUGCCUCUUAUGUCGCCCUGGAGUGUGCAGGGUUUCUGGCUGGCUUUGGCCUAGAUGUCACAGUUAUGGUACGCUCAAUCCUUCUCCGUGGCUUCGACCAAGAAAUGGCAGAAAAAGUGGGUUCCUACAUGGAGCAGCAUGGUGUGAAGUUCCUAUGGAAAUUCAUACCUGUGAUGGUUCAACAGUUGGAGAAAGGUUCACCUGGAAAGCUGAAAGUGUUGGCUAAAUCCACUGAAGGAACAGAAACAAUUGAAGGAGUCUAUAACACAGUUUUGUUAGCUAUUGGUCGUGACUCCUGUACAAGGAAAAUAGGCUUGGAGAAGAUUGGUGUCAAAAUUAAUGAGAAGAGUGGAAAAAUACCUGUAAAUGAUGUGGAACAGACCAAUGUGCCAUAUGUCUAUGCUGUUGGGGAUAUUUUGGAAGAUAAGCCAGAGCUCACUCCUGUCGCCAUACAGUCAGGCAAGCUGCUAGCUCGGAGACUUUUUGGGGCCUCUUUAGAAAAGUGUGAUUAUAUUAAUGUUCCGACUAUGGUGUUUACUCCUCUGGAGUAUGGUUGCUGUGGAUUAUCUGAAGAGAAAGCUAUUGAAGUAUAUAAAAAAGAGAAUCUAGAAAUAUAUCAUACUUUGUUCUGGCCUCUUGAAUGGACAGUAGCUGGCAGAGAGAACAACACUUGUUACGCAAAGAUAAUCUGCAAUAAAUUCGACCAUGAUCGGGUGAUAGGAUUUCAUAUUCUUGGACCAAACGCCGGUGAGGUUACCCAAGGAUUUGCAGCUGCAAUGAAAUGUGGGCUCACAAAACAGCUACUUGAUGACACCAUUGGAAUUCACCCCACAUGUGGGGAGGUGUUCACGACUUUGGAAAUCACAAAGUCGUCUGGACUAGACAUCACUCAGAAAGGCUGCUGAGGCUAGGCCUGCUGCUGUUUAGUUUUCCUUGUCAUAUUCUCAUUUCUCUCAAAGAUAAGAAUGCUCUCGGAU